AUGCUUAGAUCACUUGGCAGACUGAGGAGGACGCCGGCUGGAUCCAGUGGCGGUGGGUUCGGACUUAACAGUGGCAUUAGCAGUAGCAGCAGAAUCAACUGGUCAGUGGCUGCUAGUUCAGGAUCCAGAUUCAGACUGUUCAGUAGUAGAAAUUCAGUUUGUUUUGCGGAAAAUAAAGAACCAAAGAAAUCCAAGCCGGGUCAGUCGAAACCGCCUCUGUUUGAAUUUUAUAUUGAUACGAGGAAGAAAGCAGGUGACGCUAAGGAAAAUAAGCAACAGAAACCUGGCGGAGGUGGUCCUGGAAAGCCAGAAUGGAGAAGUGUUGCCAUUGCAGUGGGAGGUGCACUUAUUACAUCGGUAGUUGUAUUCAAUCUGUUUGGCUCGGCUUUGGCUGGCAAGAACAUGUCAUGGGAAGAAUUCCGGGCUGAAUAUCUUGAUCGCGGUUUGGUAACAAGAAUGUAUCUUGUAAACAAGUCGAAAGCCCGUGCUGUACUAAGUACAGGUGAGGUUGUCAAUUUUACAGUUGGAAGUGCUGAUAUCUUUGAUCGUAAAUUAGACGCUGCUCAAGACGAACUAGGAAUUUCGCUCGACGAGAGAAUCCCCGUAUCAUAUGUUCAUGAGACAAAUUAUACAAAUGCAUUACUGGCAGUUCUUCCUACAGUCAUUCUUAUUGGUGGUAUUUACUACUUGACCAAGAAAUCGCUUGCUGGCAGUGGUGCUGGUGGAGGUAUUUUCAAUGUGGGUAAAAGCACUGCCAAGAGAUUCAACCAAGAAAGCGAUGUCAAAGUCAAGUUUUCAGAUGUUGCCGGUGCUGACGAGGCUAAAGAGGAGAUUAUGGAGUUUGUCAGUUUCUUAAAAGAGCCUGCCAAGUAUGAGAAGUUAGGAGCCAAGAUCCCUCGAGGUGCCGUGUUGUCUGGUCCUCCUGGUACUGGUAAGACUCUUCUUGCCAAAGCUACAGCUGGUGAGGCAGGUGUACCAUUUUUCUCGGUGUCGGGAUCUGAAUUUGUUGAAAUGUUUGUUGGAGUUGGUGCUAGUCGAGUGCGUGAUCUAUUUGCUACUGCUCGGAAAGAGGCUCCCAGUAUUGUAUUUAUAGACGAGAUUGAUGCUAUUGGACGAGCUCGUAGUCAAGGAGGGUCUUUUGGGGGUGGUCAUGAUGAAAGAGAAGCUACUCUUAACCAGAUUUUGGUUGAAAUGGACGGGUUUGCUUCUGACGACCAUGUAGUUGUACUUGCUGGUACUAACCGACCCGACAUUCUUGACAAAGCUUUAUUAAGACCAGGUCGAUUCGACCGUCAUGUAGUGGUUGACCGACCUGACGUUUCGGGAAGAAAAAACAUCUAUCUUGUUUAUUUGAAAAAAGUCAAGACAACACUUGAUUUGGAUGUUCUUGCCGGCCGACUGGCUGCACUUACCCCCGGGUUUGCUGGUGCCGAUAUUGCCAACUGUGUGAAUGAAGCAGCACUUAUUGCUGCUCGUAAAGAUAAGCAUCAGAUUGAUCUGGUCGAUUUUGAGCAGGCUAUUGAGCGCAUUUCACAUGGUCUUGAGAAGAAAUCGAAGAUCUUGUCGCCUGAAGAGCGUCGGUCGAUUGCGUACCACGAAGCAGGCCAUGCUAUUUGUGGCUGGUUCUUGGAGCACACCGAUCCGUUUUUGAAAGUGACGAUUGUUCCACGAGGCCAAGCUCUUGGAUAUGCCAAGUACCUUCCUAACGACGUUCCUCUGCCCAAUAACCUCGAACUUUCGGACCGGAUGGUCAUGGCGCUGGGAGGCCGGGUAUCAGAAGAGCUGCAUUUUGAGUCGACCUCGUCUGGCGCGUCGUCAGAUUUCCAAAAAGUGACGGAAAUCGCCACUAACAUGGUCAUGACCUGGGGCAUGUCGAACAAGAUCGGCUGGCUCAACUUCGAGCAAGACGGCGAGUACUAUACCAAACCGUUUUCCGACCAUACAGCCAAAGUCAUUGACGAAGAGGUCCGUCGCAUCGUCAACGAAGCAUACGAGCGCUGUAGAGCGCUGUUGCAGUCGAGGAAGAAGGAAAUCGGGCUCAUUGCCGAAGAGCUGCUCGAAAAAGAAGUCCUCAACCGCGAAGACAUGAUCCGUCUUCUCGGCAAACGGCCCUUCGAAGACUCCAACGCCGAAAUGAAAUACCUCGACGACGACCCCACCAUCGCCCCGAGGGCCAUUUAA